AUGGUCAUGAAGGCCACUGACGGAAUCUGCCAGGUGCUCAUUGUAGGUGCCGGUCCAGCCGGUGCCACCACCGCCUUACUGCUCGGUCGCUAUGGCAUUCCGUCGAUUGUUAUUUCUCGCCAUCGAGGCACCGCCAACACGCCGAGGGCGCACAUCUUCAACCAGCGGGCAAUGGAAGUGCUCCGCGAUGCUGGGAUUGAAGGCGUCGUCAAGGAUGUCGCGUCAACCAGGGAGCAGAUCGCCCAUGUCACCUGGCUGCAUACUCUGAGUGGCGAGGAAUAUGGGCGAGUGUACGCUUGGGGGACAAGAUCCGAUCGCAUUGGAGACUAUCUCGUUGCAAGUCCCUGUGAGAUGUCUGACCUGCCACAAAGCGUACUGGAGCCCAUCUUGGUCGAGGAAGCCACAAAACUGGGAGCAGAGUUUCGAUUCUCGACCGAGUUUCUCUCACAGCGACAACUUCUCGAUGGGCGGGUUGUGACAACUGUGCGCAGUCGGGUGACAUCCGAAACCUACAACAUCACUGCGCAAUAUCUGGUGGGCGCCGAUGGUGCGAGGAGUUCAGUCAUCUCCAGCCUUGGAAUUCCCGUCGACGGAGAACAGCUCAGCAAUGCCUUUGGCGUCCACAUCAAAGCAGAUCUGAGCAAAUACUUCCUCCACCGUCCGGGCUCUAUGGUAUGGAUCUUGAACCCAGACGCACCAGACUGGUCAUCCCAUGGGUCCAUAAGGAUGGUCAGGCCGUGGAAUGAAUUCCUGGUGUCAAUGCACACGGCUAAAGACGUCGACUACGACCCCUGUACAGAAGAUGUCAUGCGGCGACUGCGCCAAAUGAUCGGCGACGACUCCGUCCAAGUUGAACUGUUGAACUUUUCUCCCUGGACCAUCAAUGACCAAGUAGCACGGACGUGGCAGAAAGGCAACGUCUUCUGCAUCGGCGACGCUGUUCAUCGACAUCCACCGUUCAACGGCCUCGGCUCAAACACCUGCAUCAGCGAUGCGUUCAAUCUUGCUUGGAAACUGGCGUACGUGGUGCGCGGCAUUGCGCAUCCGUCGAUCCUUGAAACGUUGACACUUGAACGGAAGCCGGUUGGUGACGGGAUCGUGCGAAGGGCCAACGACGGACUGCUCGUCCACAAGAAGCUGUGGGCACUGAUGGGCUCGACCACAGCGGAACGCGCAGUUGUGUCGGAAUUGCUCCAGGCCGCAAGCGUCGAGGGCCAACACCUGCGAGAGGAACUGCGCGGGAUCAUUGGGGAGACGGACGACGAGUUCAACGCCUUGGGCAUACAGAUGAAUCAGAUCUACUCGCCGUCGUCCCCUCUUGUCCUGGUCGAGGAGGGCGACCGGCCACCCGACCUUGAGGGGGUAAACCUGCUGAAACAGCAAGUGAUCUCGACAUUUCCGGGUUUCCAUCUACCGCACGUGUGGGUGGUGAAGGACGGGCAGACGGAGCGCACAUCGACGCUAGACCUGGCCGGACGAGGCCGGUUUGUUCUUUUCACAGGCAUCGGCGGCGAGGGCUGGCUCCAAGCGGUAAAGGACAUCUCGCAUGGAGACGGCAUGCCACUACAAGGCUAUGGGAUCGGGAGAGGCCUGGAAUACUCGGACGCGUAUUGGGACUGGGAGAAGGUGAGGGGCGUCGAAGAGGACGGGGCGGUCCUGGUGAGGCCCGACCAUUUUGUCUGCUGGCGAUGUCAACGUCUGGACUCUAACCCUGGUGCAAAACUGAGAGAGGUGAUCCAGACGCUUCUCCGCCCUGCGCGAUAG